GAGCGCAGAGGAUCCCGGCGGCAGCAGCACCGAGUAGCGGAGCGAGCGGCGCAGCAGUGGAUCCAGAGCCGAGGAGAGGAGGCUCCGGAGAAGAGGGGUUCGCGCCGGCAGCAUGAAGAAGAACAACUCCGGGAGACGAGCUCCUCAGGACUCAACGCUGCAGAACACGCAGCCUGAAAAGGUUGGAUGGAUCCGAAAGUUCUGCAGGAAAGGAAUCUUCAGAGAGAUCUGGAAGAAUCGGUUUGUGGUUCUGAGAGGAGAUCAGCUGUUUAUCAAGGAGAAAGAGGUAAAAGAGCUGGGACGGGCCGACGAGGUGCUGGAUCUGUCGGACUAUGAACGAUGCGAGGAAAUCAGAAAAAACAAGAGCCGGAGCAAAAAGAACCACAGCAAGUUCAGACUGCAGCGCAUCAGCACACCAGGAAACACGGUUCCCAACCUGGUCUUCCUGGCUGUGAGCCCAGAGGAGAAGGAGUCCUGGAUCAGCGCCCUGAACGUCGCCAUCACCAGAGCCAAAAACAGAAUCCUGGAUGAGGUGACGGUAGAAGACUCUCAGUUGUCUCAUCUGACCCGCGAUCGAGUGAAGAUCCCUCACACGCGCCGCCUGCCGACCCGAGGUCACCUGCUGGCUGUGGCCUCCACCUCCUCCUCGGACGGGAUGCUGACUCUGGAUCUGAUUCAGGACGACUACGCCGGGCCUCGGGAAGCCAAUGGCUGCGAAAGCUCCAGGGUCCAGGAGGGAACGUUCCAGCUCAGGUCCAAGACCGACGGUGCUCUCUCUACCAGGACUGAGCAGGCUUCUGGGAAAUCCCACAGCCUUCCUCGGGUCAGGGAGGCCGCGUGGGACCAGAUGUGUCCUGCCCAGACCCCGCAGCCCGAGAAGCGUCUGACGUCAGCAGAGAAGAACCGCUGCGCUUCUGUGGACGAGAUCCUGUCGCACCCAGAGACUAAGGCGGCUCAGAACGAGACAGAGACCACGCCCGAUCCGGCUGCGUCUGCGUCUGCGGCCAUCACGCGGCUGCAGCAGCUGAUCAGCCAGAAGCUGGAUCACACGGAGCGGAUGCUGACGGCGGCGCGUGGGGACGACGGCGGGGACCGGGCCAAGACCAAGCCGUUGGCCGAGGCGGCCAGAACCGAAGCAGAGAGGCUCCUGAAGGAGGCGGCGGCGGCCUGGACCCAGGCGCAGGAGGUUCUGGAGGAGGUGAAGGAGCUGCGAGCUUUGUACCGACAGCUGGACCCGCCGCCCCUCAGCCCCGAAAGCAGCAAGCGAACCCAGAACCGCAAGAGCCUGAUGUGACGGCCGCGUUUGCUCCACUUCAGCUGCUGAAACGUGGACUGACUCCAAGCAUCAGCACCAGGACCGGUACCACUCAAACCAAAGGGGAAACCAGUUACUGUUCGCUUCUCAGGAAGCCCAGCUUCCGGUUUGGUUCAGCCGUUUCUAAAUACCAGCCUUAUAACGCCUUUGUAGAGAAUUCACUUCUUAAUAUUAAUGAAAAUGUGCCAAGAGACGAGUUUGGACCUGAACACGAAGGUGUGAGGAGUUUCAUUUCCUCUCAUUCACUGGUAUCAUUAUGGUCUUAUUCACAGAGAUCAAAUGAAACAGUUUCAGCUGAACUGAUAAUUCUCAGGAUCAUGAGCAUCUGCUUCUGCCACUAGAGCUGUUUGACUUCAGGCCUGUUGUUGUGUCUCAGCAGCUUUAAUUAACAGUUGCUCAUUAGAUGAAUGUUGUUUCCUCUAAAACCCUAAAAAGCAACUAAAGAUGAAGAUGAAGGAACCUGGAAUAAGUCCUUUUACACUAAUCUGAACCAAUCCCCACAUUUUCAAUCUAAAUUGGAUACAUUUUCUACAUAAUAUAAUCUAUAAUCUAAAAACCUGCAGGUUAUGUUUCCUGGUUCUGGAGAGACAAUAACGUGUGCAACGUGUUUGGUUUCACAGUGAACUCUGGCCUUUAGUUUCUCCUGUGUGAAGGUUGUGAGACGUGCAAUCUCAGUGACUCAGAUACCGCUGGUCAAGAACUUGACUGAGUCCAGGACUGACUACUGCCUAUUGGGCCCAGGUCAGUCCUUAUAUUCCUGCUCAGAGGAACAUUCAUGGACUGAGAAUCAAUUGUCAUAAUGUGAAACGGUUUCGUCGUGAGUGAGACCUGGUGUAACUGGACCGACCCAACACUGUCUCUGAUGGACUUUUAAUGAGUUUAAUGUUUUUAAACAUCUAGACUUUUGGACAGGUUCGGUUAAACUGGUCUCUGUUGUGUGUGACGCAAUAAAUCUUCUCUGCUUUGA